AUGUGAAUUAAAAAAGAGCGAGUGAAGGAGGUGAGAACAGGAAGAAUGAAAAAAACUGUCUAGGAAAUGAAAAUACAAAGGCAGAAGUGCAAGUGGUUCGCGUCAAACAAUGUCAUGAUAGAGAGCAAUGGAGGUGUGCAGGAGAGAAUGACAGCAGGCUUGAUUCAAUAGGCUACAAAUAUACCUGUGAGAGGGUGGAAGGAGUGAUUCAAGUUUAUCAGAAGAAGCAGAUUGUUCAAAAGCAAACUUUGGAUACUAACUACUGCUAAAAUAUGGGUGAGUCCAGUAUCUGCCAGGUGAGGGCGACAGUCAUGCUGUAUGAUGACGCCACGAAGCGCUGGGUGCCAGCGGGAUCUGACAGUCCUUCCAUCAGCCGUGUCCAGAUCUAUCACAACCCUGGGGCCAACAGCUUCAGAGUGGUGGGCCGCAAACUGCAGGCUGACCAGCAGGUGGUGAUCAACUGUCCCAUUAUCAAAGGGAUGAAGUAUAACCAAGCCACAGCAAACUUCCACCAGUGGCGGGACCCCAGACAGGUGUGGGGGCUGAACUUUGGCAGUAAGGAGGACGCUGCACUUUUUGCCAACACGAUGAUGCAUGCUUUAGAGACUCUCAAUGCAGGGCCGGGCACAGGCUCGGCUCAGAAUGGACCCUCAGCACAGGAACUGGAAGAGCAGAAAAGGCUGGAGCGUCAGAGGCAGGAACAGCAGGAGAGAGAGCGUCUAGAGAGAGAGAGGCAGGCCUCAGCUGCUGCAUCUGCCCCUCCUGCUCCUCCUGCCCCACCAGCCGCUCCACCAGCCCCACCCGCUCCACCAGCACCCCCACCACCUCCCGGUCCACCCCCUUCCUCAGGAUCAUGCCCACCGGCACCUCCACCACCUCCUCCUGGGGGCAUGGCCCCACCUGCACCACCCCCGCCCUCUGCUGGGGGAGGAGGAGGUGGUGGAGGGGCAAAUGACCUGGCUGCAGCUCUAGCAGGAGCCAAACUGCGUAAAACACCUAAGGAUGAGGGAGGAGCAGCAGCCCCAGCCCCCAAACCAGCAUCCUCAUCUGGUGGAGGUGGAGGAGGCGGCGGUUUAAUGGGAGAAAUGAGUGCCAUCCUUGCAAGGAGGAGGAAAGCUGCUGAUAAGCCUGCUGCAAAAAACGAAGAACCUCGCAGUGAAGAUUCUGACUCCCCAGUAACAAAAUCCUCAGGACCAAGUGAAAUCAAUGAAAAGCCCUGGGAAAAAUCUGCCACCAUACCAAGGCCCAAACCAACCCUAACCAACAGUCAAAGGGACUCCAGCUCAAGUCUCAGCUCCUGCUCCUCUCCCUCCUCUAACACGGCCACUACCCCAGUGUCCAGGAUGAAGGUGGUGAAAAAGAACUCAGAUGGUGCAGGAAGUGAUGUAGUUGAUAUGGAACGAAUCAAACAGGAAAUUCUUGAAGAAGUGAAAAACGAGCUUCACAAAGUGAAGGAGGAGAUAAUUGCAGCACUGGUCCAGGAGCUACAAAAUGCUCAGCUCAAGUGUGAAACAUCCUGAAAGACUGAAGAAUGGAUCGAGAGAAUAUGAACGUUUUAUGAUACAAUGCUCAGGCAAUUUACAUAUUUUUUAGCCAACAGAAAUUAUUUGAUAUUUUAACAAAAUGCAAAAUAUAGCUUAAUACAUUUGUAUGUAUUUAUCAUUGUGUCUUCUUUAAAUAUUCCUGCGGUACUUGAUUUUGAAGGCACCAAUAUUGAUACUUGAGUUACCCAAAUCUGGUAACAAUAUCAUCAUUCUUUUUUUUUUUUCAUGAACAAAGAAAAUAUGCAAAUAUUUCCAUAAGCAUGCCUUAAACUGUAAUCAUCUUCAGGUUGAGUGCAACAUCCUACUGUCUCCCUACUGUCCUUUUUCCUUUUUGGCACCUACAAGGGUGGUAGACAUGAUAACAAAAAUAUACAACACAAAAAACUGCAAUAACAUAUAAUACCCCACAAUAAAUACAUGUGAAGCUUUUAAUGCGCUAUUUAACUCAAAAUAACUGCAACACAGUGGACAAAUACAUCACCACAAACUAAGGCUUCAAAAUGUAAGAAAUUAAUUAACACUCUGACACAAAAACGGAAAAAAAAUUAAAAUACUUGUAUGUGAAACAUGAAUAUAGUUUCUCAGAUUUCCAUGAUCAUACCGCAAGACACAUAUUCUUGAAAAAAGGCUGAAAUUAAACUAUCGAGAUAAAUGUCUACAACUAUUGAAAUGUUAUGAAAGCGAGGCUAACAGGCAUACCAGUUAUAGUUCAGGUGAGGUUACACACCAGAAAGACCAACAGCUCCGGCUUUUCCCCCUUCCUCUAAAAAUAAGCCAUUAAAAGUAAAAGUCUUGCAUUAAAAACUUCACUUAAAUAUAGUGCAGAAGUAUUGUCAGCAAAAUAAAAGUAAAGCAUAAUGGCACCUUUCAGAGUGUUAUAUGAUUGGAUAUGAUUAUUGAUGCAUUAAUGUGUAAGCAGCAUUCUUAGUGUAGUUGAGGUAUUCAACUGGGUAGUUUAAUUUAUAACAAUGCAUCAUAUUUUAUUUGUUGAUCAUAUGUUUUAUAUGUAAAAUUUGAAUUCACAAAGUAACACAGCUGUCAGAAAAAUGUAGUGGAGUAACAUCCUCCUUUGAACAGUAGUGAGAUGUAAGUAAAAUGAGUAUAAAAUAGAAAUACUCAAAGUACUAGUACCUCAGACUGGUAUGUCUGAGAUUGCCUUGGGGCUGGUCCAGAUGAAUCAUUUUCACAAACCACAUAAUACACUUUUAUUUUAAGCAUUUAUUUGGUCCAAAGUUCCAAAGGUCUUUUGCCAAGCUGGUGCAUUUGAAGUAAUAAGAGAACUAUGUAAUAACUAUUUUGUUGUUUAUUACUGAACCAAUAAAUGUCUGGCCAGCCUGUCAGCUGGGGUAGCUGGGAUAUUGUGAA